ACGGCAUUGUAUUUAAUAUUGGUCGAAUGGAAUUUUGGAAAUUUUUGGAUAAACCCUCCCUUUCUUAUUUUUCUUUUUGUUUUCGUUUUGUAUACAAUCUCAUCAACUACAUAAUAUAUACUUAAUUUGUAUAAUAUUUCCAACAACCUCCGCGACAAAAGAACAAUAUAAUCAAUUGAUGAAUGGAAUUGAAUUGAAUUGAAUGGAAUGAAUUAAUGAAUUAUUUUAUUUUAAUAGUAAAUAAUGGUUACUCCUGCCGUUAAGCACACCAUCGUGAAGAAGCGUACUGCUACUUUCAAGCGCCACCAGUCCAACCGCUUUAUGCGUGUUGGUGAGUCGUGGAGAAAGCCCAAGGGUAUUGAUAACUGCAUGCGCAGACGCUUCAAGGGUAGCUCUCCCAUGCCCAAGAUCGGCUAUGGUUCGGCCAAGAAGACCCGCAACUUGUUGCCCAACGGCUUCCGCAAGUUCACCGUCUCCAAUGUCCGUGAGCUCAGCCUUUUGUUGAUGCACAACCGCACCUACGCUGCCGAGAUUGCCCACAACGUCUCUUCCAAGAAGCGUGUUGCCAUCAUUGAGCGUGCCGCCCAGUUGAACGUCAAGGUUAUCAAUGCUGGUGCUCGUCUCAGAUCCCAGGAGUAAAAUAAAAAUGGAUAAAUAAAAAGGUGUAUAUAUGUAUAUAUCUUUGUCUUUAUUUAUUUAUCUAUUUACUUUAUG